AAAUAUGACUUAAUUUUGACAUUAUUGAAAGUAUUGUCUUCUUUAGGAUCGAUUAUAGUGCAAUUAAAACCUUUAUAACUGUUACAGUAUUUUUAUAUUUAUAAAUAAAAUACUAAAUAUUAAAAGGAGUAAAUGGUUUAAGAAAAUAUAAACUAUAAAUGCUUAGUAGUACCACGGUCUUGCGGCGUUCCACAGCGUUAAAAAGUUUCUUCCAUCGCUUUUUAACUUGGAGUACCUCACACGAUUAUGUUAUUGUCGGAGCUGGAUCUGCCGGAUGUGUUUUAGCGAAUCGUCUUUCAGAAAAUCCUAAUAACAGUGUUUUAUCGUUAGAAGCUGGUCCUCAAGAUGCAUGGUGGAAUUGGAAAAUACAUAUGCCGAGUGCUAUUCAAUUUAAUUUGUUUAACGACAAAUACAAUUGGUUUUAUAAUACAGUACCACAAUCUCACAUGAAUAACAGAACACUAUAUUGGCCACGGGGUAGAGUAUGGGGUGGAUCAUCAGCACUUAAUGCAAUGGUGUAUAUACGUGGACACCCUCAAGAUUUUGACCGAUGGGAAAAAGAAGGUGCUAAAGGAUGGUCAUAUAAAGAUUGUUUGCCAUACUUUAAAAAGGCACAAAAUCAUUCUUUAGGUGAAGAUCAGUAUAGAGGUGGAAAUGGUCUUUUACAUGUAACCAGAGGCUCAACAGAAAAUCCUCUCCACCAAGCAUUUCUGCAAGCAGGUCAACAAGCUGGUUACCCAUAUACCGAAGAUUUUAAUGGAUAUCAACAAGAAGGUAUGGGAAUAUACGAUAGAACUAUUUACAAAGGAAAAAGAUGGAGUACAUCACAGGCUUACCUUCACCCUGCAUUGAAAAGAAAAAAUUUAGAUGCUCAACAUGGGGCUUUUACAACCAAAAUUUUAUUUGAAGGUACAAAAGCAAUAGGUGUUGAAUAUGUUCAAAACUCUGAGAUUCGAAAAGCAAAAGCAAACAAAGAAGUGAUAUUGUCUGGAGGAGCCAUUAACACCCCUCAAUUAAUGAUGCUAUCAGGCAUCGGAGACCAAGAAGAACUUGCUCAUCAUGGUAUACAAUGUGUUGCGCAUGUUCCAGGAGUUGGAAAGAAUUUGCAGGAUCAUCUUGACGUAUACAUUCAACAACGGUGUCUUCAGCCCAUAACAUUAUAUAAGUACACUCGGCUUUGGAGGAUGCCAUUAGAUGGUGCAAUCUGGCUUUUAAGUAAAAAAGGAAUCUGCAGUUCAAAUAAUAUUGAUGUAGGAGCUUUUAUUCGUUCGCAAGAUGGGUUACCCCAUUCAGACAUUCAACUUAUUUUUUUACCUCUUCUUGUGAGUGAUCAUGGGAGAAAAGAAGAAAACGGACAUGGUUAUCAAGUUCAUGCAGGAACCUUACGUGCAACAAGCUGCGGGUAUAUUGCACUUAAAUCUGCAAAUCCAAGAGAUCAUCCUUGGAUAAAUCCAAACUAUCUGGCGACGCAAGAAGACAUAGUUGAUAUGCGAGAAUGUGUCAAAUUAACACGCGAGAUUUUGUCGCAAGAUGCCUUAAAACCAUUUAGAGGCGAAGAACUGCAGCCAGGUUUAAAGGUAAAGACAGAUGCAGAAAUUGAUAAAUUUGUUAGAGAGAGAGCUGAGACAAACUAUCAUCCAUGUUGCUCUUGUAAAAUGGGGAACGAAAAUGAUCCAAUGGCUGUAGUUGACAACCAAACGCGAGUUUUUGGUAUCGAAAACCUGCGUAUUGUUGACGCCUCCAUUAUGCCGUCGAAUAUUAGUGGUAAUUUAAACGCAUCAGUAAUAAUGAUGGCAGAAAAAGCUGCUGAUGCUAUUCUUGGUAAAAAACCUCUUCCACAGAUUACAGUUCCAGUUUAUGAAACUCCUGCAACUAGUCAAUAAUAACUUAUUUAUAAACCUUUUAAGAGCUCAUAUCAUAUUCAUACACUUUAGGGGAUAUCAUAGCAUUUGAUAAAUUUUUGAAAAAUAAAACAAAGACAAUUUAUAAAAUACAAAUCA